AUGGGUGGCCAAGUUCUGCGUCGCGCCGCGCCGAAUCAUAUCCGGCAAGAAAAGGAUAGCGCGUACUCCUCAUUCGCGUUGGUGUUGUUCCAUGUGCUAUUCUUCAAGGCAGGCGAGCAACCGAAAGUUACCGAAUGGGCUGAGUUUUGUCGUACAGAGACGCUAAAACAAUAUAUGGAUACCAACCUGUACAAUCAAAUCGCCCCUGAUUGUUUGAGUAAAUUCAUCGAGACAACGCUUGCAUGCAGAAAUAGAAACGUAAGUGAACAGCUGGCAACGAGCGACGUCGUUCGGAGCCUCGAGUUGGCGGUGCAGCUGCAAGAAGCGGCGGAGCAAAGAGGCAGCAGACGGUGGUGGGGUCUGUUUCAGAAAUAA